AUGUUGUCCUUAUUUCUCUACAGCGUUCUUGUCGAGUACAGCUGAUAAAGGACAUUAUGAUGACCAUCAGCUGAGAGCCUUUGACAGUGGCCUUGCUUAGUGACGUGCUGCUCCCACCCUGUCGCUGUCCUAGUCUCUCCCCACCUGUCUCCAGUCCUGCACCUUCUACUCUGUCCCUGUCCUGUCUCCACUCCUUCAUCUUUCUGUCCCCCCCCCCCCCCCCCCCCUCCGAACCAUCACCAUGGGGGCUGAGAAAGAUGCAGACACCGUUUCAACUGGCUCCAUGCGUCUGAAGCAGGAGAUCUCCCUGCUCCAAGGGGUCUGCCUCAUCGUGGGCAACAUGAUCGGCUCGGGCAUAUUCGUCUCCCCCAAAGGGGUGCUCUUCUACACAGGCUCCUUCGGCCUGUCUCUGGUGGUGUGGGCCAUAGGCGGGGUCUUCUCCGUGUUUGGGGCCCUGUGCUACGCCGAGCUGGGAACCACCAUCCGCAAGUCUGGGGCCAGCUAUGCCUACAUACUGGAGUCCUUUGGCGGCUUCCUGGCUUUCAUUAGGUGA